GAGAGAGAGAGACAGAGAGUGGAAAUAUAAGAUAACUGCAAAAACAAAAACAAAACCGCGACUCCCUCCGAAUGUCUGAGUCUUUGGAUAUCUCUCUCUAGGACCCGCUGCAAGCCAACAACAAGUGGAUUUGAUUUUGCGUUUGGAGAUUUGUGCGUGUGGUUGUUGUUGUUUUUUUGCGCGGACGAACCAACCCCAAGGAGUGCGGUGUGGAGGGGGGGAGAGCCGAGGCGGCGAUCUCCGGAGCUGGCGGCUGACUAUGGAAGAGCCGACGGACUGUAAAAGUCUCCGCGACGCCGCUCCCCCGCCGGCCGGCCACGCCACCAGCAGCACCAGCGGCGGGAGCAGCAGCGGGAGCAGCAGCGAGGGCGAGAGCGUGGCCGUGUCGCCCAGCCCGGCUCCCCUGUCCCCGGCCGCGCCUUGCCUGGUCUCGCUGCCCCACCACCCGCAUCACCACCACCACCACCCGCACCAGCACCACCCGCCCCACCAGCACCACCAGCACCACCACCCGCAACAGCCGCAGCCGCCUCCGCCUCCCCAGCCGCCGCCGCCGCCGCAGCAGCACCGCACCACCAACUUUUUCAUCGACAACAUCCUGAGGCCGGACUUUGGCUGCAAGAAAGAGCAGCUCUUGAUCCUCGCCGGGACGACGGGAGGAGGAGGAGGGGGAGGAGGAGGGGGCGGCGGCGGCGGCGGCAGCCGGGACAGAGCCCUCGAUCGCGGGGCCAGCUCAGGUAGAGAAAAUGUCAACCCUCUGCUCGGCAGGCCCCCCAACCCGGCCUCCUCUCUCCUUAGCGCCGAGUCGCCCGGGAUCCCCGACAGCUCCUCCACGGCCUCCAAAGCGAGCCCCGCCGCGGCGGCAGCGGUAGGGACGGCCAAGCCCCCCUCCUCCUCCUCCUCUUCCUCCUCCUCCUCUUCCUCCUCCUCCUCCUCCUGCUCGGAAGGGAGCGGAACUCACCCGGCGAAGUAUGGGGAGCGCGCCAACCCCGCCAUCCUGCUCAUGGGCUCCAAUAAUGGAGGGGCCGCGGUCAAGAGCGACUCCCAACAGCCGCUGGUAUGGCCUGCCUGGGUGUACUGCACUAGGUAUUCAGACAGACCAUCCUCGGGAGCAAAACAUUCAACAGAUUCUUUAAACAACAACAGCAGCAGCAGCAGCAACGUCGUUCUCAAUGAUUCUAUUCUCAAUGAUGACUAUUCGAUCCCUGACCGACCAAGACAACAUUAG